AUGGUGCAUUCGGCCAAGAAUGGUCGCUCCCGAAAUACCCGCAAAAGAACACAUUAUGCUCCCGGGGUGCCCUUCCCAGCCCCACCCCCCAGGGGUGAAUUUUCAGUUUUGCGAGUGCCGUGCGUUUCCCGCCUCCGUGCUCUACUGGGCCUCGUUGCGGUGGUAUUGGGGCACAUUUUCGCACACAAGCUAACCCUUGUAGGUGUUUUGGGUUGUGCCGGCCUGGUGGCGUCGCCGCCGCCGUCUGUCACAACUUUGGCCGGCUGGUGGUGCCGGGGUGGGGUGGCGGUUUUCUGGUUUAAGCAGGCGGUCUCUACAAUAGUUGCGCCUCUGCUAUUUUGGCGUUCUACUAGUUGUUAUUCUUCUUUUGGUCGUUCGUAG